GCGGUGCUGUCUCUAAGCAAAGAUUUUUGUUUGGACCUGGGCAACGAAUGACUCGGAAAUACCACAGAGACCGGAACACUCAAACCAAAACCUCAUCGUUGAAAUCUUCACUGGGCAUUGACGGUGCAGUUUCACCCGUCAGCGUCGACAUCACCAACAACAACAAGGAGUGGGAUUAUGGUAGUGAUGUGUUUGCGUGCUGUCAUGAGAUGAGUCCGAUGGACGACGCGAUGCAGGCGGGGAUGUCCUCCGUGCAGUCGGGACUGGACGGACACCUGCCUCUCCUGCACGCCAGACACCACGGCACCCAGGACGGGCUGAUGUUGGACCUGAGCUCGCCGACAGCCUACCUCGACAGCAGCUCGCUGGAGUACAGCGACAGCGACGGGAACAACGCGGGUCCGUUGUUCGAGAGGAGGAAGAGGUCGCGGUCCAACAGCUCCAGGCACCGCUUCAACGAGGUGGUGACGGAGCUGGGUCCGGAAGAGGUGCGCUGGUUUUACAAGGAGGACAAGAAAACGUGGAAAGCCUUUGUGGGACACGACUCGCUGAAAAUCGAGCGUAUGUUUCGGAAAUACUGUGAGCUGAACCCUGGUGCAGCAGGCUCCCAGGACAGCGUUGGAGGAGAAGAGUGCGGUAAUAACGGAGUGGAGAGCAGGGGGCUGAACGGGGCAGUGCCCGUGGAAACCAGGACCAGCAGUGUGCACGGAGGUCGGGGGUCCCUGGACACAUCCACCGUGUCCUCAGAGGAGAGGGACCCUGACUGCAUUGAUAUCAACGUUGAGCCUGUUUGUGUCCGGGGAGGGCUGUAUGAGGUGGACAUAAAAGAAAAGGAAUGCAACCCUGUGUACUGGAAACAACAAGACCACAUUCCAGUCAUGAGAGGUCAGUGGUUCAUUGACGGUACCUGGCUCCCGUUGGAGGAAGAGGAAAGUGACCUCAUCGAGCAGGAGCACCUGAACCAUUUCCGUGGGCAACAAGUGCAGGACACCUUCGAGACGGAUUUGGUGGUGAAGACUGUCGAUAGCAAAGAUGUUCUCUCCCACCUGCCCCCUUUCUACCUCCCUUUUCUGUUCAAAUGGAGUGGAUAUCAGACGAGUGCUAAAACUACAUGUCACAAGCGCAAACGCUGCCAAGCCAUCCACAGCCUGAAACUGAGUCGGACCCACGUGGAUUGGCACAGCGUGGAUGAGGUGUACCUCUACAGCGACGCCACCACAUCCAAAAUAGCACGCACAGUCACACAGAAACUGGGCUUUUCAAAAGCCUCCAGCAGUGGAACGCGGCUCCAUCGAGGUUUUGUUGAGGAGGCCUCGCCUGAGGACAGACCCCCUCAGACUACGCACAUUGUCUUUGUGGUUCAUGGGAUAGGACAGAAGAUGGACCAGGGUCGCAUAAUUAAAAACACUGGAAUGCUGAGGGAGGGUGUGAGGAAGAUGGAGGAGAAGCACUUUUCAGAGCACAACGAAGAGCACGUGGAGUUCCUGCCCGUCGAGUGGCGCUCCAAACUUGCACUGGACGGAGAUACGGUAGACUCAAUAACACCGGACAAAGUGAGAGGACUGAGGGAUCUUCUUAACAGCAGUGCCAUGGACAUCAUGUACUACAACAGUCCACUUUACCGGGAUGAGAUUACCAAGGGCCUAACACAGGAGCUUAACAGACUGUACUCACUUUUCUGCUCCCGGAACCCUGAGUUUGAGGAGCAAGGGGGUAAAGUGUCCAUCGUGUCCCACUCCCUCGGCUGCGUCAUCACCUAUGACAUCAUGACGGGAUGGGAUCCUGUGCGCUUCUGUCUGCAGGAGCAUCACGCUGUGGAGGAGGAGCUCGACCUGCGCUGGAUGUCCUACGAGGAGCGGCAUCUUCUAGAGCAGCUACGGCACACAAGGAAUAGGUUAAGAGAACUGGAAACACAACUACAAACACUUGAGGCCUCUAAACCGUCAGCACCACCAGCCCUCAGAUUUAAGGUGGAAAACUUUUUCUGCAUGGGUUCUCCUCUGGCGGUGUUCUUGGCCCUGAGGGGGAUCCGACCCGGCUCCAGCUGCCACCAGGACCACAUCCUGCCCACCUCCAUCUGCAGCAGGCUCUUCAAUGUCUUCCAUCCUACAGAUCCUGUGGCCUACAGACUGGAGCCCCUCAUCCUUAAACACUACAGCAAUAUUGCUCCUGUUCAGAUACACUGGUUUAGUGCCACUAACCCGACAUCCUAUGAAGAGGUCCGGCCGACCUUCUUGAACCCAGUCAAAGACCCCACAUCUGACACUGAGAGCAUCCCCAGCCCGAGCACUUCUCCAGUCCUGGCACGCAGGCACUAUGGAGAGUCCAUCACAAACCUGGGCAAGGCCAGCAUACUGGGAGCGGCAAGCAUAGGGAAAGGCAUCGGAGGCAUCCUCUUCUCCCGUUUCUCCCGAUCCAACAGCCAGCCCUCCGUGUCUUUAGGCCUUGAAGGAAUUGCAAACCCUGAGGAAGAGGAGCAGAAGCGAACAGAAAGCCAGUCGGCGUAUGGCCUCUCCACUCUGACACGGCCAACCUCACCCACAGCUGACACAUCAUUGGAGCUGGAGCGACGGAUCGACUUUGAGCUGCGAGAAGGUCUGGUGGAGAGUCGCUAUUGGUCAGCAGUGACGUCACACACGGGCUACUGGUGCUCACACGACAUCGCACUCUUCUUGUUGACCUUCAUAUACAAGCAGAAGAUGAAUCCCUCUGACCCAGAAGAGGAUGCUCCAGAUCCCGACUGAGGCAGCACAUUCAUGACAACACGUAAACACUUGAAAGGUGUCUUAUGACUCCUAGAGGGGCGGGGUCACGAAAGACACAAAAAUAAACCUCUUUAAUUAACUUGCACACAAACUGCUAAAGUCAAGUCAUCAUCUAUAUUUUUUUCCUACAUCUCCCUGUAAUUCAGCUCCUUGAAAACUUGGGAAUCAUUACUAACCGACCUCAUUCCAAGACGUGCAUUCUUCUGUUGUUUUUUUUUGUGUGUGUGUGUUUGUCGUUAGGACACAAUUGUGCACCCUAAGGGUGACAGUGUUGGACCAAGAACCCCUAAGGAGGUGCACCCUUUUGCCAGUAUGACCACAGGAUACAUAUGUUCCUGGAGUAGGAGAUUUAUAAGUUUGAUGCACCUAGGUUCUAAUUUCAUUCCCGAGUUUUGACCUUAAACAGCUGUAGCCUGUUGAUAAAGUUCCCAUACAGUUCUUGUCGUUACAAUCUAGCCUCCCCCUCCUGUAGAUCCAGUCUGGAGCCUGCUGAUACUCCCAUGACCCUCUGUAACCACGGCUUCCUGUCCUGUGUCUGUGCUUUUAAACUCUUUUUUUAAUUUAUAUAUAUAUAUAUGAGGGAGAGAGAUAUAUAUUUGUCAGAAAAAUACUUUUAUCUUUACAUCAAACGUUUCGUUAAUCCAUCUCAAAAAGUUGCUAACAAACAAACUGCAAUGCCUUCAAAAAAUUUAAGCCAAACUCGUACAGAUUCUUUCUGUUUAGCUUUCCAAACAAUUUUAGGGCAUUAUCCCUUUAAUAGUUGAAGUAUGAAGAAGAAAAAAUCACCUCUUUUAUUUGUUAUAUAUUGUAUAAAUUCACCUCCUUUAUAUUAUAGUUUGACACUCAACAUAGAUCCACACCCUUUAAAUCAUGAGCAAAGCUCCACUUUUAUAUCCUACAUAAUCAACUUAAAGAUCAUUUUCUCUUGAGUUUAGAAUUCUCCAUCUUAACUGCACCAGAGACAAAAUGUCUUCUACUAACAAAACAAUUAAGCUGAACAUCCCACUGGAUCAUUAGUGAGACCCUCCCGGGGUUUAAGAACACGUCAGAUGUGACGUUUAUAUUAACUUUCUUAAGCGCGGUUUGGCUUUAAAGUCUCUUAACGUUGUCAUCAGUUGAGAGGUUUCAUAAAAGUAAUCCAUUCAAUCAGACUCAUUUCCAUGCUUCUACACUGAGGAUGACUGACGGGGAGAAUUUAUUUCUGAGCUAUAUCUUUAUUUUAAUAUGUAGAUGAAAUCAGUCAAGAAGAUGUAUUUUGUCUUAAAAAAAAAUAACAAAAGAAAUAUUUUUCCUAGAAAAAAUCUUUUAGGCUCUUG